AUGCAGGCUCCGGUGGUGGUGAUGAACACCAAUGCGGGUGAGAGACAGGUUGGUCGUAAAGCCCAGCUGUCGAACAUCGCCGCGGCGAAGACUGUUGCCGACAUCAUCCGGUCAUGUCUCGGACCCAAGGCCAUGUUGAAGAUGCUGCUCGACCCCAUGGGCGGUAUUGUCCUGACGAACGACGGCCACGCUAUCCUGAGAGAAAUCGAGGUGUCGCACCCCGCCGCGAAGAGCAUGAUCGAGCUGAGCCGCACCCAGGACGAGGAGGUCGGUGACGGAACGACGACUGUCAUUAUCCUGGCUGGUGAGAUGCUCGCCCAGGCCCUCCCCCAACUCGAACGCAACAUCCACCCCGUUGUCAUCAUCUCGGCUUUCAAGCGUGCUCUGGCGGACGCCCUUGCCAUCGUGGAGGAGGUCUCGAUACCCGUGGACAUUGACGACGACAAGGCCAUGUACACCCUCAUUCAGUCCUCCAUCGGCACAAAGUUCGUUUCCCGGUGGUCGGAGCUCAUGUGCAGUUUGGCGUUGAAGGCCGUCCGGACCGUGUCUUUCGAUGCCGGUGGUGGCAAGCAGGAGGUCGACAUCAAGCGGUACGCUCGUAUCGAGAAGAUCCCCGGUGGUCAGAUCGAGGACAGUGAGGUCAUCGACGGUGUGAUGAUCAACAAGGAUAUCACCCACCCCAAGAUGCGGAGAAGGAUAGAGAACCCUCGCGUCGUCCUGCUCGACUGCCCGUUGGAGUACAAGAAGGGUGAAUCACAGACGAACAUCGAGAUCUCCAAGGAGGACGACUGGAACCGGAUCCUGCAGAUCGAGGAGGAGCAGGUGAAGCAGAUGUGUGAGGCUAUCGUGGCCCUGAAGCCCGACAUUGUCAUCACCGAGAAGGGUGUCUCCGAUCUUGCCCAGCAUUUCCUGAUGAAAGCCAACAUCACAGCCCUCCGCCGUGUGAGGAAGACCGACAAUAACCGUAUCGCCCGUGCCACCGGCGCCACCAUCGUGAACCGCGUCGACGACCUCCAGGAAUCUGACGUCGGUACCCAGUGUGGACUGUUCGAGAUCGAGAAGAUCGGUGACGAAUACUUCACUUUCUUGAGAAAGUGCCAGAACCCCAAGGCCUGCACGAUCCUGCUCCGCGGCCCCUCCAAGGACAUCAUCAACGAGGUCGAGCGCAACCUCCAGGACGCCAUGUCCGUUGCCCGCAACGUCAUCUUCCACCCCCGCCUGUCUCCCGGUGGUGGUGCCAUCGAGAUGGCUGUCUCCGUCAGAUUGAGCCAGCUGGCCAAGUCCAUCGAGGGCGUCCAACAAUGGCCCUACAAGGCCGUUGCCGAUGCCAUGGAGGUUAUCCCCAGAACGCUGGCGCAGAACGCCGGCGCCAGCCCUAUCCGCGUCCUCACCCGUAUGCGGGCCAAGCACGUCGAGGGCCAGACCACGUGGGGUCUGGACGGCGACUCCGGUGCCUUGGUGGACAUGAAGGAGUACGGCGUCUGGGAACCCGAGGCGGUCAAGCUUCAGAGUAUCAAGACUGCGGUCGAGUCCGCAUGCCUUCUCCUCCGUGUCGACGACAUCUGCAGCGGCAAGUCUGCCCAGCAGGCGGGCGCCGGUGUCGGCGGCGGUGACGAUUAA